ACCGAUGUGGCGAGACGAGCUGACCGAUCUGACGGGCUACAAGCUGGAGGAAAUAUCUGAUUGUGGCGAGGACCUGUGGCACUUCUACGAGAAGAUGUUCCCGUUGCACAGGGUCGCCGCCGCCGCUGCAGCAGCAGCAGCAGCAGCAGCAGGGGGCGCGGCCGCAGGCGCUGGCGGGGUGGGGGCCGCGGCUGCUCCGUCGAGCGGAAGCAACCCGGCCAUCGGGGCUAACCCGAACACCAUAGCGGGAGGGACUGCAGCCGGUGGGGCUACUGCUACCUCUACCGCGCAGUAGUAGAACCGCUUCGGGCGGCGAGGGGGGGAGGGGGGGGGCAACCUACUGCCUCUAUCGUACCAGUAGUAAAAUCGCUUCGGCGUUUGUUUGAAAAGGGGUAUGGCGGACGUUGUGAAUAUCCUGGCGACGGCUCGUGGGCCUGCUACCUGCUGCUGCUGCUGCCAUGGGCAUCAGGGACACGAUGCGGCGGCGUGUCACGGGGGCAACACGUGGCGUGGCCUUUUUCCGGGGGGAAAGCAACAACCGCUCGCUGCUGAGCAGCUGCUGCUGCGUUGGGCAAGUUGCAGCGCGUUUGCGAAGAGGAGUGUGAGUAAAACUCGUGCGUACCUACCUCACGCACUCAACACGUUGCUGCUGAGCUCGGAGUGGUAGGGUAACGGCUUCGCUUCCGCGGUGCCCCCGAAAGCACCAAGAAGCGCAGCCAAUGGCGCGGGACGGCUACAGCUGUACAAGAAUGUCUUUUUCGUGGUUGUGUUUUAGUUGUUUAUUUUUUGGUUACUUCUGCCCGCCCCCGACAUUAUUUUUUUUAUGUAGUUGCACGCGGAUUCGCACGAGACUUUUGUAGAAAGAGCAAGGGGAGAUGUACGCCGUGCGGUCGGGGAUAGUCUUGCUGGGGGACCUGCUGCUGCUGCUCUUUCUGCUCUUUUGCUGAAGCUUGCUCACGAUGCCUGCCGCGUUUUGGUGCCGCAAGCAUUCUUGUCCCUGCUAUCCAUGAGUGCUUGAGUAUGCUCUGCCUUGGUCUAGGAGCAGCACCUGUUGCUCAUGAAGGAGGGGUGCGAUUC